GGAAGCUGGGGGGCUAGGAGAGAAGUGGGGGGUGGCCACAUAGCAGACACAGUAAGCCCUCCACAUGACAUUUCAGAAUGAUCCCCUCACCCCAGUUUCUUCUUCCAGACAUUCACCCUCGUCUGCAGAGCAGGCAAAUCUGGCCUGUGCCAUGUACCUGCCCUGUGACCUGGGCCAAGCCCCUUCCCUCGAACCUCGGCUCUCCCUGUGAGGUGGGCUGACCCUCCAGCCUUCGGGGAAUCAGAUGACAUCAUGUAAUGGUUGGCCAACGGCAGCGCGCCGCACAACCACAGCAAACAUUCCACGCGGACUUCUUGGUGCCAGGUCUGCCAGGGAAAGGGAUGAUUCAGAACAACCCGCCCCCCCCCCCAGGGGAGGAGUUAGGGUUGGGGGAGGAUCAGAUGGUGGGAAGGAAAGAGAAUGCAGUCAGAAAACAAAGCAAGCUUUGUUUUAUUGCCGCCUUUGUUUUUAUCUUGUUAUUUAACCUAUUUUGAAUUUCAAAUAACAUUGAAAGGGCAGUAUUGAGAUUUUUAUGCUUGGAGGUGGCAGCAAAGUUAUAAAAAAAAAAGUUGAGACUCGGAUCUAGGUGUUCUUGUUAAAGACUAUUAUCAGUGUUUGCCAGCUGGAGUCCCAGGCACCUGGAGGUCUCCAGCUGGACGGGAGAGGGGCCGUCCACUAGGCGUGCCUACCCUGUCCUUGGACAGAACAUCGACGGCUGAUUCCACGGGGCCAGGAGCCAGGCCUCAGGGAGAGACCGGCCAUGGGCCCCACACAGCCUCAGCAUUUGGGGGCAGCACCUUAGGAAAACAGGAGCAGCCUCCGUCCACCCUUUACACCGAGAAGAAGGGACCUGCCACGGACCCCCCGCCUGUCCGGGGCCCCAGCUGGGCAUGGACCAGCACCUGUGACCUGCCAGAGCUGAUGCCGGGCCCCCAGGGGGCCAGAGGAGCCCCCACCAUGAGCCUGGGCAAGCUCUCACCCGUCGGCUGGGUGUCCAGCUCGCACGGGAAGAGGCGGCUGACCGCAGACAUGAUCAGCCCCCCGCUCGGGGACUUCCGGCACACCAUGCACGUAGGCCGAGGCGGGGACGUCUUUGGCGACACCUCCUUCCUCAGCAACCACGGGGGCAGCUCCGGGGGCACCCACCGUUCGCCCCGCAGCUUCCUGGCCAAGAAGCUACAGCAGGUGCGCAGGGUGGGCGCCCUGCCCCGGCGGAUAGCCUCCCCGCCUUCGGCCUCGCCCGCUCCGCCCGCCGUCUCCCCCAUCAUCAAGAACGCCAUCUCCCUGCCCCAGCUCAACCAGGCCGCCUACGACAGCCUCGACGGCCUCAUGGUGAGCAAGCUCAGCUUCAACAGCAGCCCCGCCGGCUCCGCGGACGGCCACUCCAGUUACGGUCUGGACUCUGGGUUCUGCACGAUCUCCCGCGUGGCUCGCCCGGAAAAGCCUCGUGACCGAGACCGUGACAGUGCCUUCCCCUCCGAACCUGAGCUUCGCCGCUCUGACUCCCUCCAGUCCUUCCGCCUGGACCUCGACCUUGGGCCGUCUCUCCUCAGUGAGCUGCUGGGGGUCAUGAGCCUCUCAGAAGGCUCUGCAGCUGAGACUCCACUGAGGGAGAGCCUGGAUGAAGAGUGGGGGGCACCCCAGGCCGGCAGCCGGGCCCCUGUGCCCAGCACGGUGCAAGCCAACACUUUCGAGUUCGCCGACGCUGAGGAGGACGAUGAGGUCAAGGUGUGAGCAGCUGAGUGUGGGCUCAGGACCCCACCCAGCCUCUGGCCACUCACUGCCCUGAAGAGCCCAGGUGCAGAGCGCGCCCUCACCUGACACCUGGGUCCUGCUGAUGAGGGAUGGAGAACCCACACGGCCCCCAAACGCUCCAGGCCUCUGCUGGACAGACAUGGGAGGGAGGCCAGGCUGGUGCUGGGAGCUGGGUGUUCCCGAGGACCCUGCCGGGCUGACCUGCUUCCCCCCAGUGCCGCUCUGGACCCCGUGGCCCUGCCUCCGGCCCCGCCCCCACCGGCUGGAGGGCCGGCCUCACAGAGCCGCCUUUGUGUGGGGAAGCUGUCCUUGCUGGUGGGGGGUAGGGAGCAUACCACACAGGGCCUCUGUCUCCUCCCAAAGGGGCCACCUGCCCACUCAUCCUGGAGCUUCCCCAACGUGCCCACCCCAAGCCUCCCUUGUCCCAGAAGCCUCGAGGUGAAAUCAGGUGUGACCUCACCUUCUUGUGCACCCCAGACCUGCCUCCGGAUUCCGAUUAAAAAGGCUUUUUGAGA